AUGUCCUCAUCUGCCAACGACUUUGAAAAAGUUCUCCGUGCUUUUAUUCCGAAAGAGCUGAUUCCGCCAACAUGGAAGUUUGACGAGAAUAAAAAAAGCGUGGAAAACAUCGAAUCUCUUAUGAAAUACGGCCAACUCGGAAUAGUCAAGUCAGCCGAACAGCUGAAUAAGGAUAUCGGUAGCUACAUGUGUUUCCCGGGAGCCCCUCAACAUUUUGACAUGGACCCAGUGGUAUCACCGUGUCCUUACGAUUACGCAAGCUUGAAGAAUACAGUGUAUAUUUACAAAAAGGAUUUGUAUCGGUUCUUCGGUUCUAAGGAUAUUUGCCCGCUGAAACAAUGGCAGAGGUAUGAGAUCGAGUGGGCUCUACAGGAAUGUUUGCAACGAAUGGAUUUCGGGAGUCAUCAUGAGAUGAUCGUGAAACCGGAUAUCCAACAAAUUGCUAGGGACGGCGAGCGGGUUUUGAAAAAAUUGAUGGAAGUUCUCGAAUUAUCCGAAGAUUAUGAGAUUGUUUACGACGACCUCAAGAAAAAUAUGCUGGAUUUCUUACCUGUUGAAAUUAGAGAUACCAUUUCGGAACUUUUUGAAGAAAUAAUCGAGAGUUACCCAACCGAGAAGUAUUCCGUGGAACUAUCACAAAUCGUUACUUGGAUUGGAUUUAUUUUGGAGGCGAUUGAGGUUUAUCUUAGAAAAGAGUCCAUUCACUUGCCACCAUUCAACUCAGUACCCCUCACGAAACCAGUCGUCCGACUCUUCUCGAUUGACAAAAAUCAUUUUGUGAUGGCUCACGAGUUGCUCAAAACGCUCAAGGAUCAUAAUAUAGAUGUGUCUGGAUUCGAGAAGGAAGUAAAUGAAAUGCCAAAGCUAUCAGCAUUCAAUUUCAGAGAAGUUGUACAGAAAGUCGAUAAAGAUGUUAUGAAAAAUUUGGAAUUUGUGAAAAUGGAAGACUUUCGAUUGAUUUUUGCACAGACACCUAUUCCGACAUGCGAUGGAGGGUACUGUACCCUUGCAGUGGAUGCUCUGCGUGAUGUUCUGAUGGAUAUGAUCGUUGCGAAGAAGGUGUUCCAGACAAUUGAAGAUAAGGACUGGAUUCAUAUCAAGAAGUUUUUCAAAUCAAUUGAAUCUUAUUUCGAUCAGACCAGAGGAGUAUACUAUAUCGAUUUGAAGGAUGGCAAGACGAUCAAGGAUUUAUGGGAGAAUAUCUAUAAAACCCAUUUGAAGCGAUCGAGCCAAAAACAAAUGAAAACUUUAAAAAAGACUGGAUUCCCCGUGAAACAUUUAAAAGAAACUCUUCAAUUCUUUGAACUGGAGAAGUGCUUUGAAGGAAUUCUCGAGUAUGCAGCGCCCAUCUAUUUCAAGGUGACUACAGACAAGGAAUCGUCAACUAGUCAUUUGCAUCUAACGAUGAUGCAGUGUCAGGUCAAUAGUCUCGUCAGAAAAGUUCCGAUGCUAUUGAAAUUUAUGCAUAAGCAAGGAGCAUGUGACAGGUUGAGUAUCGUGGGAUGCGAGUUGUGUGAUGGGAAAACACUGGUGGAUGAAUCUGCUCCGAUCACAGAAGAAGAGCCGCUGGCGAAUAAAACGAACCCUCUAUCAUCAGAAGAGACCAAGCCAGAACCAGAAGAAUUGAAUGCUGAAACACCGGAGGAAACUGCUGAUACUAUAGAAAAGCCAUCCCAGAAAAAGAAGAAAUCAAAGAAGAUGAAACAACCCACCCCAUCUGAAGAAGUCAAACCGAAAGAAUCGAAUGCGUGUCCAAAAUGCGAACGAGCAGGAAAGUUCACGCGAGAAGCCAAUGAGAAGUUAAGACUUUCGAAGAUUGAAGUGAAGCAACUGAGGAAGGAUCUUAUCAGAAAUCAAUUGGAAAACGAGGAAAUCAAACAGAAAGUGAUGGAUAAGGAUGAGAGAAUUCGGAUGUUAGAGAGACUUUUGGAAGAGAAGGAUGACGUCAUCAAGGAGCAGGAAGAGAAGUUGAAGGAGCAAUCGGCAGUGAUUGAAGAUCUCCGGAGAGUUGAGGAGAAAGAAGACAGUCAAACUGCAUUUAAUGAGGAAGCUGAAAAGAUUGAAGACGUCAAAUCCAGCCUUCUGGCUAUCAAAGGAAUUCUUCACACUGAAAGUCCUGUCACCAAAUGCACUGAAGUAGUGAACCGGCUCAUCAUGAACACCAGAAAUGAGGAAACCAAACAAAUGGCAGGAAUGGAAAUGAGAAGAUUCACCAAGGAGGCUACAGAAUAUAUGGACGGUGUGGAAGAUCGACUUGCCAUGAUUCAAUGCAAUCAAUUCAACGCAGCCGAAGAAAUCCCAGAGCUCCCGGAGUUUCCUGUAUUCUCUCAAGGAUUUCGAAGCAUUUAUGAGAAUAUUAUGAAGUCGAGACCGCCCGUGAUCUGUCAACAACUCCUAUCAUUGUCAGAAAAGGUUUCUGAUGAGCUAGAAGACACCGAGUGUGUGAUCUGUCUUAACAACAUGGACUUGGAGGAUGAGACGACAAAAUGUGGGUGUUGCAAGAGGAGAUAUCACAACGGAUGUAUUCAAGAUUGGCUGAAAGUGAAGAUGACUUGUCCAACUUGCAAUUCUGGACUUCUAGAUGAGGAGGAGUUUCCAGUGUUGGUCUAA